AUGGGCAAUCAGUGUGAAGACUUGGAUGAUAUUCCCUGGCUGCGUUUAGUCUAUGAUUCUAUUCCUCUCAUACUGUUCACCCUGACAGAUGUCCCGGGGCUGGAGGCUGCCCAUGUCUGGCUCUCCAUCCCUUUCACUUGCAUUUCCAUUGCAUCACUUGUGGGGGACUGCACGAUCCUCUCUGUCAUCAGGACUGAUCUGAGCCUCCAUGAGCUCAUGUACUGUUUCCUCUCCGUGCCAGCCAUCACCCAUUUGGAUUUGUCCCUCUCUACAACACCAGCUGUGAUGAGUGUUUUCUGGGUGAACUACAAGGAAAUCAGUUUCGGAGCCUGUUUUGCUCAGGGUCACUUCAUUCUUUCCUUCUCCUUUAUGGAGUCCUCGGUGCUUCUGGCCAUGGCCUUUGAUCACCCUGUGGCCAUCUGCUACCCACUGAGAUACUCCCGCAUCCUCACCCGUGCCAGAGUAGGCAGGAUUGGGCUGGCUGCUCUGCGCAGAUGUCUCUUAGGCGUGCUGCCUUCACCUGCUGUCUGCUCAAGCAGGUGUGCAGACAUCACGUUCAGUAACUGCGAUGGCUUGCUGGCUGUUCUCUUUCUGACUUUUGACCUCAUCCUCAUUUUCAUGCCAUAUAUUGCUAGGGCCAUUCUGAGCAUCGCAUCAGAGGUAGCAUCUCAAGCUUUGAACAACUGCCUGUCCCGUAUCCUGGCAGUCCUCAUCCUGUACAUCCCCCUGGUUGGUUUGUCCAUGGUUCACCAGUAUGGCAAGCAUGCUUCCCCUCUUGUUCAUGUCGUCACGGCCAACGUCCACCUGCUUGUUCCUCCCGUGCUGAGUCCCAUCAUCCACAGCAUAACAACUAAACAGAUCUCAGGGGCAUCCUCAGGGUCCUUAGGCCAAGAAGGAGCUUCUCCCCAUGACACUGUGGGACCUGAGAGAUGUCCCUGGCAGACAUCACUGCUCUGCGAAACACUCACUUAA